UAGUCCGGCCUCCACUCAUGCGUGUACAGAGUUGACUAGUCAGUGAACACAAACACACGGGAGCCACUGAGCUGUUUUGAAGAAUGUGACAGUAACGUAUACAUUUUUAUUGAGGUAAAGUUGCCAGGUUUUGGCACAUUUUUGCCUCCGUGUUUCGCCGUAGAAACAAAACAUGGAGCCGAUAACGAAGUGGACGCCGAUGCAAGUUGUCGACUGGAUGAAAGGUUUGGAUGACAGCCUACAUCAGUACAUUAGCAACUUUGAGCGGGAAAAGAUCAGUGGGGAGCAGCUGCUGAAGAUAACGCAUCAAGACCUGGAGGAACUCGGCGUGGCCCGGAUUGGACACCAGGAGCUGGUGCUGGAGGCUGUGGAUCUGCUCUGCGCAUUGAACUAUGGUGUGGAGACAGACAACCUGAAGAAUUUGGUGGUGAGGAUGCGAGCUGCCACCAACAGUUUACACAUGGCCACGUCUGAUCGCAGGAAAAGCCCCGCCUAUGACAGCAGCAUGUCACGCAAACCACCCAAUGACUUCCUAACCUCUGUGGUUGAAUUGAUCGGUGCUGCAAAGAGUCUUCUGGCUUGGCUCGACAGAACCCCUCUCACAGGGAUCAGUGACUUCACAACCACCAAGAACAAGAUCAUUCAGCUGUGUCUGGAGCUCACCACCACCGUUCAACAGGACUGCAGUGUUUACGAAAUGGAAGAAAAGAUCCUGGAAGUUUCUAAGAUUCUGAACAACAUUUGUGAUCAAACCGUGAGAACCACCUCUGACCCCCUGAUGAGCCAGUCAGCCUGCUUGGAGGAAGUCCAGCUGACCAACAUCAAACCAGGCGAGGGUCUGGGUAUGUACAUCAAAUCUACCUACGAUGGAUUACAUGUCAUCACUGGAACCACAGAACAUUCGCCUGCAGACUUGACCAGGAAGAUCCAUGCAGGUGAUGAGGUGAUACAAGUUAACCAACAGACAGUGGUGGGCUGGCAGCUGAAAAACCUGGUUACCAAACUGAGGGAGGACCCUAAAGGUGUGGUUCUACUUCUGAAGAAGAGGCCUACAGGCACAACCGGUUUCACCCCAGCCCCACUCAAGAACAUGCGCUGGAAGCCUCCAGUACCACAGAACAAUACCUCCUUGAUCAGAGCCCAGUCUCCAUGCGGCUCAGCUAAUGGAUCAGCCAAAAAGGAGAAGCCUGCAAUUUUGGACUUAUACAUCCCACCUCCACCUCAAGUGCCAUACACCCCACGAGAGGUGAGAACAGACUCCUUCUCCAGCAUUAGCAAAAGACCAAAGGGCUCUGAGUCACCCAACUCCUAUUUGGACCACGAGAGCAGAAGGCGCUGCACCAUCGCAGAUUAUGACAAACUAAGCGUUGGCUGCCCUAUCGAAGCUAAUGUGAUUCAGUCUAGAAUGAGAGAGCACAAGCCCUCACGUGGCAAGCCCCGUCCUCUGUCUAUGCCAGUGGAUACAUGCGUUGGCUUGUAUGACCCCUACGCUAAACCUUGGACACAAGGCAGAAAAGGUGAAGAUCUCCUGUACAGAUACCUGAGCAACGAGAGAAUCCCCACCAUUGCGGAGGAGAUGCCCUCAGUGUCGCCACCCUACAGGCCAGCAGGAGAACAACACCUGGUCAGAGUGGACCACAUCCGCGGCAGUCGCUACUACUCCAACUCAGAGCUUCACAACAGUGCCACCAUCCCCUACCAGGAGGACAUGAAAAAGGCACCUGUUGCCCCUGUCUCCAAGCGUAAAACGGCAGAACGCUCACUACUGGGACUCGACUGGCACUCUAGCAGUGACUUCCUCAACCGGUAUAACCAGCCACAUAUUCGCUCCUGGUCUUUCUCUCAAGCGGCUGCCUUUCCGAUAUCUGCGUCUCCCUCUAUGGCUGCUGAUGACUACAACCCUGUCUCCCUCCGGCACAAAUCCAAGAAGAAGAACCGAGGAGGCAAUGGUAUGAUGAGCAGGAGACGAAUCUCAGUCAAAGAGCUCGGUCAUCCAGACCACCAGGGCUGGCUGUACAGGAAGAAAGAAAGCAAAGGCUUCCUGGGCAUCAAAUGGAAGAAGUACUGGUUUGUGCUGAAAAAGACGGCUCUCUACUGGUACACCAACCAGCUGGCUGAAAAAGCCGAUGGCUACAUUGAUCUCACCAACUUCAUGAUUGACAGAGCAAUAGAGUGCAAGAAGAAACAUGCUUUCAAAGCCUGUCACCCUCAAGUCAUGAUGUUUUAUUUCGCUGCUGAGAGCCAUGAGGAGAUGAACUUAUGGUUGAAUAAGCUUGGGUUAGCCUCCAUUCAGUAUGAGCCCGCAGAACGCAACACUGCAGCCGAGUGUUACAGUGAAGCCAGCGACCACGAAGAAGCUGAAAGCACUGAAAUUCCCCCUCCUCCGUACUAUGAACAGACUUUGCCGGACUCAGUAGAUGCAUCUGAUCCACCUGGUAGCACCAAUCAGGGCACCCUUCCUCCGCCUUAUUCCUCCACAGUCGCCAGCGAAGCCAACGGUUCACUCUCCUCACCUGUCAGCACGAUGACGUCGCAGGGCUCCACCUCUUCGCUCACCAAACACAGGCAGUCGUGGCUGGAUCUGGUCUCGCAGGCCUCUCCUCCCACUGCUGAAGCAGCCGUGGUGUGCUCCGUGCAGGUACACUCACAGCAAAACACACAAGAGCAGGUGGAAGAAGAGGAAGAACCCCAGGGAUUGGAGGGCACCGCUCCCCAGGACUCAACGGAAACCCAGUCUAAUGAUGGUAGCCCUGCAGAGGGGGACGCACAAAGGGACGCUUCAGUUUGUCAAGUUGAAGGGGGCCCUGGGAGCAGCUCAGAUGAGAUGGAGAAGUUGUAUAUCCAUCUGAAAGAAGCCAGCCUUUCACCAAUUGGAGACCGCAAACCAUCCACAAAAAGGGAAUUCAGGGCCUCCUUUAUAAAACGCUGCAAAAACCACACUGUCAAUGAUAAACUGCACCUUAUCAGGACACUCAACAGCACAUUAAAGUCAAAAAGAGGCAGAUCUACAGGCACUAGAGCAGGUGCUGUCAGAUCCACAGCUCACCUCAGACAGGUUCAGAGAAUGGAAGGAGGCUAACGCACCUUUGAUGCAGGAAAUCUGUAUCAAAAAUGACCAACAGGAGGCACCAGACGCCACAAAAGGUGCAGCAACAGUCAUUGCUGUUCCAGUGGUGGAGACCAGUUUAUAAAGACUCAUGAUUGACUUUACCGUCUGGAUUCAGAGGACUUUCUAUACACGCCACACUGCUGUCAAAUUUUCAUUUGAGACUACUGUUGAAUAUCAGUGGACGUUAACUGCUUCCCAACAAGUAAAUGGAUCAAUGAAGAAAAGUGUUUUUAGUUUUUAACUGGAGUUCUACAUGCAUUACAUUUAGCAGGUACAUUUAAAAUGUGAAUUGUUUUUUAUUGUUUCUUUUAUUGUUUGAUUCAUAUGAUUAGCUAAUUUUCCAGAGGAUUUUUAUGUUGUAAUUCUGCAACCCUUUUCAUGAACUGUUGAUAUUCUGAAUAAUGGAGAUUGUUGUAAUAACAUAUCCAUUGUUUUUAGUGUGUUUUUUAUGUUUUAACUUUAUAGAUGUGAUCAGCAAUGAAACAAUUGUAACUGUUUCUUGUUUAUUAUUGGUGCCAUGCACCAUUAUGGCCUGUUACAUGUUUUUACUGAAACUAUCUUGUGUCAUUAGUGCACACUAGUUCCCGCAAAAAGGCCAUAUUUUCCAUUUAGACUCUGCAGACUGAACUCUACAGCCUACACUAAGUGAAUAAAUAUUUGUCAUUUUAUUGAGUCAAAUGGGAGUUUUAAAGGUUCCAAAGUAAAAUUACUUAAAUAAUUUAAAGCUCGUUUUUAAUUAAUUAUUUGGAAAUGGUUUUACUUUACUCAAAACGUGCCUCAGUUUUAUUGUCAAAUGCUGUGUGCUUGUGAAAAUAUACCAGAAUAAGAUUUCAAACUCUAAUGCAAACAUGUUAACAUUUUUCUUGGCAAAUGAGGGAGAUGAGUUAUAUUAACCUAUAAAACAAGUAUGCUAGACUUCAGUUAAGAUUUUGCAGUAUUCAUUUGUAUUUAAACAUUUUUGGUGACCAUUUCACACACCCACACAAGUAAACCACAUACCUACAGAUAGUCAAGGAGAAGGAACACAGUGCACAGCCACAGUGCAAUACGAGGUCCAUAACAGAAUGCAACAGGCUUACAUAGCAGUUCAGAGAUCCAUGAGGGUUCUGUACGGCUCGUGUGCCUACUACGCACAGAACUGCAUUUUUUUAAGUGUAUAUGUUUCAUUUGUUAUGCAUGUUAGAGAUUAACUCAGUGUAAAUAAUUUGUAAAUUAUGUGUGAUGUUGAUUGUUUCCAUGAUCUCAGUUUUGGUCAUUUGUUUGUAUACAGGAUAAUAAAGUGUUAUCACAAGACUGAA